CCUGUCUGUCACAAGCGGACACCCCUCCGCCCGAGCAGAGAGUGGGACGCUCCGCCUCGCUCUGGGCUCUGUUGUUGUGCAGAGCUGCAUGCACAGGGCCUGACAGAGCCGAGCCUGACAGGAAGACGAGGAAGACCUCAAGACAGAGACAUGCUGCGGACCGAGAGCCGGGAAGCUGUGUCAUCAUUCUGUCCGACCAGCACCACCGCGGAGGAGAGAGACGAGGCCAAGGCGGCGGAGAGGACGGGCAGCAUCAGUGAAAGCAGGAGAAAGUGAGGGGGAGAGGAGAGACAAGGUGAAGGAGGAGAAGGGAGGAAGGAAAGGGAGGGAGGAAGGAGGCUGGAGCACGAGGAGGGGCGCCUGACUGACUGACUGACAGACAUUGCUGCUGCUGCUGCUUUCAGCUCUAAGCACACACAAGCGGAGGCAGACCCAGACAAAACCGGGUUCCGUCCUCCAUCUCUUCCUCCUCCUUCUUCUUAAAGCAAGAGGAUAUAGAGAAGGACGACGACGAAGAGGAGGAGGAGAAGGAGGGGAGGCAGUAACCCUCUCCUCUGCUGCACUCAGACACACACAGCAGAGACAGAGGCAGAGAGGAGGACAGCAGAACAAGGAAAGAAAACCCCGUAAAGGACAGGAACGGGAACGCGGCUUUGUGCUCUUCAUUUCGCCGUCUCCUGUGGUCGCUCGGCCGGAGAGCGGCUAACAGGCACCGCUCAUGUCCGUGAACUCGGAGAAAUCCUCGUCCCCUGAAAGGCCUGAAACCCAGCAGAAAGCCCUGGUCACUACCCCGCCCCCUCCCCCGCCGCCUCCUCCACCUCCGCCUGAGCUGGCAGGGCCGACGGAGCCGGAGGAAGAGAUCCUGGGCUCUGAUGAUGAGGAGCAGGAGGACCCAGCAGACUACUGUAAAGGAGGAUACCAUCCGGUGAAGAUCGGGGAUUUAUUCAACGGAAGGUACCAUGUGAUCAGGAAGUUGGGAUGGGGUCACUUCUCCACAGUAUGGCUGUGCUGGGACAUACAAGUGAAGAACUUCGUGGCGAUGAAGGUGGUGAAAAGCGCCCAGCACUACACGGAAACGGCCCUGGAUGAGAUCAAAUUGUUGCGAUGUGUGAGAGAGAGCGACCCCGGCGACCCAAACAAAGACAUGGUGGUUCAGCUGAUAGACGAUUUCAAGAUCUCUGGCGUCAACGGCAUACAUGUGUGUAUGGUGUUUGAGGUGCUGGGUCAUCACCUGCUGAAAUGGAUCAUUAAAUCCAACUACCAGGGUCUGCCGCUGCCAUGUGUCAAGAGCAUCAUCAGACAGGUCCUGCAGGGUUUGGACUACCUCCACACAAAGUGUAAAAUCAUCCACACAGACAUCAAACCUGAGAACAUCCUGAUGUGUGUGGACGACGUGUUCGUGAGGCGCAUGGCCAUGGAGGCCACCGAGUGGCAGAAAGCUGGAGCUCCACCCCCGUCCGGAUCAGCUGUUAGCACAGCGCCCCAGCUCAAACCGGUGAGUACGUCUGAUGUGGGAAAAAUCUCCAAGAACAAGAAGAAGAAGCUGAAGAAGAAGCAGAAACGGCAGGCCGAGCUGCUGGAGAGGCGGAUGUUGGAGAUCGAAGCCUUGGAGCGAGAGGCCGAGAUCAGGGAGGAGAGAGCCAAAGAGAGCGGCGACAAAGGUGACGCUGAACGCAGCCUGCCUUCGCCGCAGCAGCAGCCGCCGCCGGUGGCGCCUCUGGGACCCAGCAUGGCUCUGGGAGAGAGCGACGAUGACGACGAUGACGAGGAGGAUGGAGAGGACGAAGAGGAGGAGGGAGCAGAGAGGGAGAGACCUGUCAGGUUGACGAAUCAUACAUGCGCAGCGCCUCCCCAGGAGCAAAGCGAAACGCCACAAAUCCCCGCUGAUAGCCAGCAAGAGGAGGGGGAGGAAGAGGAAGAAGAAGAAGAGGAGGAGCCCACGCCUGUCGCUGAAAAAGACGCCCCCAUACCCCCUGCCUCAGAAGAAGGUAAUGGAGAUUCAGGACAAGCAGAUGUGGAGGAAGAGGAGGAGGAGGAGGAGGAGCCACUGAAAGUGACAGAAAAUGAGAAUGUGAAGGAAGAGGAGGAGGAGACGGAGGAAAAGGUAGAGGAAGAACAGGCGGAGGAGAAACGGGAGGAGGAUGGAGACAUCGGAACAGAGGCACAAAAGACUGAGAGCAAAGCCGAGGAGGAGGAGGCAGCUGUGGAAGAGGAGGAGUCAAAGGAGCAGGAGGGGGAGGAGUACGAGGAGAUAUAUGACGACGAAGAAGACGACGACGAUACGACGACGACGACGGCGGACCUCUUCACGGACAGCACCUCUCCGGUUAAACCGCAGAUCACUAAAACCAACUCAGCUAAAACUAACGGGCACGUCCUGCUGGUCUCCGAGUCGCUGAGACAAAACCCCGGCACGCCGCCCACCCCCUCGCCCACACCCGAGCCCGUCCUCUGCCCCCUGGUGGAGUCCGAGCUCAGCUACACGGACCGGGACAUCUCGCUCAGCUCCGGGUACGAGAUGUACAACGGCGAAGUGGCCGAGCCGGCGCUGACCAACGGCUCCAGCGAGCAGCACCGCGCCGCCGUGCCCCUAUUCCCCGACCUGCCUCUGGACCCCGAGCCCGGAAACCCGGUGCCCGUGGGGACGGUGGACAUUGGGACAGAACCCGCAACAAAUAGCCCCACUGCGGACCGCAGUCGCACCGUUUCAUCGUCGAGCACAGGAGACACGCCGAAAGUCAGGGCCAGAGCUGCAGACCUCCUGAUCAACCCGCUUGACCCCCGCAACGCCGACUCCAUCAGAGUCAAAAUCGCUGACCUGGGAAACGCCUGCUGGGUGCACAAGCACUUCACAGAAGACAUCCAGACGAGACAGUACCGCUCCAUCGAGGUCUUGAUAGGAGGCGGAUACGGCACGCCGGCGGACAUCUGGAGCACUGCCUGCAUGGCGUUUGAGCUGGCCACAGGAGAUUAUCUGUUUGAGCCUCACUCUGGAGAGGACUACUCCCGGGACGAGGACCACAUAGCCCACAUCAUAGAGCUGCUGGGCUGCAUUCCCAGGCACUUUGCGCUCUCUGGAAAGUAUUCCCGGGAGUUCUUCAACAGAAGAGACCACAUCGCUCUGAUCACGGAGCUCCUCGGGAAGGUCCCGCGCAAAGUGGUAGCUGCUGGGAAGUUCAGCCGAGAGUUUUUCUCCAAGAAAGGCGAGCUGCGGCACAUCACCAAGCUGAAGCCGUGGUCUCUGUUCGACGUGCUGGUCGAGAAGUACGGCUGGUCGCACGAAGACGCCGGCCACUUCACGCAGUUCCUGCUGCCCAUGCUGGAGAUGGUGCCUGAGAAGAGGGCCUCGGCUGGGGAAUGCCUAAACCACCCCUGGCUCAGCUCAUAGCCGCAAACUUCGAUCACACCCCGUCUCCGUUCCCCUUUCACCUUCCCCCCACCCCCUCACUGUGAGCCCAAACAUCGACCUCUGUUGGCAGCGAGUGGAACCGUCGCGUAAAGAGACGCUGCGUCCCUCCUCUUCAUUCCAAGCGCACCUAACCAGGCUUUACUCCUACAUGGGGAAUGUAAAACAAGCUACUGGCAAUUUCUACAGCAAAAAGGAACCGUAGGAUGAGAGGAUGGGUUUCAUCGAUGAGAACAAAUAUGUCGCUGCCUCUUCCGG